UUGAACUUGCUGUCAGACAGCUGCUGUCCUGUCUGAUGGCAUCAAAUAUUUUGCUCUGUGGUAACGUGGCUCCCCCAACGUUCAACACCAACAAAAGCUCAGUCUGGGUGACCUUCCACUCAGACAGCAUCAUAGCAGGCAGUGGCUUCACCGUACAGUACAGAGCCAUACUCCCUGGGCACCAGAGCUGCUCCAGAGAAGAGUUCAUGUGUGACGGCGGCCGCUGUCUGCUCUCAAUGUCGUUGUGUGACGGACUGCCCCACUGCCGCGACCAAACUGACGAGGCCAACUGCAGCCAUAAGCACAAGGAGUGUGGGGGGCAGAAGACGGACCCUCAUGGAUCCAUCGCCAGCCCAAACCACCCCAGGCUUUACCCCCACCAACAGUUGUGCACUUGGCGUAUAUCUGCGGAGCAGGGUCAUGUGAUCAGGCUGAGCUUCAGGAACUUCAGCCUGGAGACCCAGGAUGUGUGCGAGUUUGAUUAUGUCGAGGUCCACGACAGUGCAGCCGCUGGAGCGGGUCGGGUCCUGGGCAGGUUCUGUGGAACCAGCCUCCCCCCUCAACUGACCUCCUCGGGGCCCGAGAUGACCGUGGUGUUCGUGGCAGACGAAGGGGUGGCCGACAGCGGCUUCAACGCCACAUAUCAGGCCGUGUCCCUGGCAGACACGACGUGCGGCCCCCAGCAGCUGGCCUGCAGCUCCGGGGAGUGUCUGCACCGGGACCUGCUGUGUGACGGCUGGAGCGACUGCCCCGACGGAGCCGACGAGCACGGCUGUGGCAACUCCACCUUUCCCUCCUUCACGUCGUCGUGUGAACUCAUCGAGGUGGAGAUGUGCCAGGGCCUCAGCUACAACCUCACCUCCUUCCCCAACAUCUGGCUGUCCAUCUCUGACCAGAGGCAGGCGGCCACGCUGCUGCGACAGUACCGGGUGCUAAUGGAGCUGGCGUGCUACAAGCCCCUAAGGCGGCUGGUGUGCGGCCUGUUCCUGCCACAGUGCAGCCCCCAGGGCGGCGUGCUCCAGCCCUGCCGCUCCGUCUGCUCAGGGGCCGAGAAGCAGUGCGGCCCGGCCCUGGAUCUCAUCCCCCUCAGCUGGCCCUUCAACUGCCUCCUGCUGCCCGACUCCCAGGACCCAAUGGAGUGUUCCACUCCGUGACGAAGGGAGGGAAAAUAAGCCGUACAACGACGAGGUUCCUCAAAGAACAACAGAUUGAUUUCCCCUGGGAUUACCAUGAUUUUCUCUGGCUCGUUCGGAGAUCCUGGGAACCCGCAGUCAACACUGUUUCUUAGGACCUCGGUAUUGCUAAGAAAAAGAGGCAAACAAACCAUAUUUUGUUCACUGGAUAGAGGACAUGCAAGGUUAAUAUGUUGGCCAGAUGACAGCCGAUUGCUCAAAUGUAUGUGUAAUAUAUUUUGAGGAGGACCGGUUUUACCUUUGGUUUCAUCUUUGAUUUGACAUGAUUCUGACUGACUGUGCUGAAUGAGUUUUCUGAAAUUAUGUUUAUUUGUAAGCUACGAUUUUUAUUGAAAUGGUUAGCCGUUAAAAAAUGAAAGAUUACUGCUACCUUUUAAUACAGACAACUGCUUUUCCCACAUAGCUUUAUUUAAUCGACUACUCAACAGUAUGCCUAAUAUGUCAUUGUCAGUGAUUGACUGUCAAGUCCAGUACACAGGGUAAUUCUUCUGCAGGGAAGUGAAUCUUAAUCACCCAGUUGAUUUGCAUUGGAAAGACCUUUUAAUAGGGUCCUGCCUAAAACAACAUGGAGGAGCUGUUCAAUGUGCCAUCCAUAUCAAUGGCACUGAAGAGGUAAUCUCUGAGUACUUCAUAAUCACAAUGUACAUGCUACAAACAGUGGCUGAAAACCAAUGACUAAUCUGUUGACAUUCAUGAAUGCCAUCAAUAAAGGGUUAUAUGAUC